AUGACAGUUUGGGUGAAGCAAUAUGUCCCUGUAAACCACUUUUCCAAACCUUGCAAAUCUACAGUAGUGAAAUGUGAUGCAGUUAUGGUCAAUGAUAUUAAGCAUAAUAUUUUUGGUGGGGCAUCUGGUAGCUUUGAACCCCAAAAAUGUUGGAAGAAUAAUAUAGGAUAUUGCAGAAGACGAUGUUUAGAUACUGAAAGGUACAUACUUCUUUGUAGGAACAAGCUAUCAUGCUGCAUUUCUAUAAUAAUAUCAUAUGAAUACACUCGACGACCACCAUUUCGUGUGAUUCACCUAGAGGAUAUAACAUUUGAUUAUAGUGAUAUGGGCUCUUUUACUGGUUCCCCAGUAUCUAAGUUGAGUGAUCUGGUAACAUUUGACAUACGUAGAGAAACCAUGACCCCCAAGACCAAUACUCCCGAGACUACUAUGCCACCAUCCGAGACCACUACUUCCAAGACUACUAUGCCAUCAUCCAAGACCACUACUUCCAAGACUACUAUGCCACCACCUUCUCAGAUGGCUCUUACUCAUAAUUAAUUAACAUUUACUUCUGGUAUGGAACAACUAGAAAUACUGCUGGAAAUACUAUCCAAAGAGCUGAUUCUACCAAUCCAAUUUCACCUGGAAAAUUCCAUCAGGGAUUGGAUGAGCAUGGGGAUGGACAUAAUUUCUACUACUAAGACAACAGCCAAGACAGUUGCCUUGCAAUUAGAAACAUGUAGACAGAAAUGUAUAAAAGAUACAAGGAUUCUCUUAAUUGGACUUAAAGUCUUUAUCUGUCUUCCUCUGAUGUACUAAAAUAUGUGAGCUAAUUUUUGUCUUAAGUGAACAUUUGUAUGUCUAUGUAUUUUUCCAUGCCAAAAACAAAAACGAAGACCAUUGUUUGGAGCUGCCUAUUAUGUCUAAGACAAGAAUUUUUACUUUAACAGUGCCUGGCCCACUGCUAUCAUAUAUAGGAGAACAUAUAAAAGCAUAUAGAAAGACGGUUCCAGACAAAUGUUCCCUUCUCUACCCUCCACCUUUUAUUGUAAGAACUUACAAUACUUCUGUGUGUCAUGACGUCAAAUUUUGUUUAAGGUUCUAGCUGGUAACUAACAGUUAGUUAGUUAGAAGCUAAUUCUUUCAUUCAGCACAAGCACUGAUCUCACUGGAUAGAGAUAAAAGUGGGACUUGUCUUGAGAGUACAUCAUAUUAAAUUAAAAGCUGCAUCUCAAAUUCUACUUAUCUUUCCAAUCUUCUUUCCGCUUAGAAGUCCAACUUCCAACUAUGGCAGCCUCAUAACAUGCCUCCUCAGGUCUCUGUUUUGUCCACGUUAGUUGUGUGCAGUGUUUCUAUGCUUCGUAUGGCUGUACGCAUGUGACUGCUGUUUGUAUGGCAACAGAUGGGUCAGUAAGUGUUUUCUAUGAUACUACAGAGAAGCGGUUAUUAACUAUAAAGUUGA